AUGGCAAAAGUGCAUCGGGUGUGGUCACUAAGUAGUCAACGUUUCUUGGAGUUACAGAUCAAUACUUCAAAUACAGGUAACCAAGCAUCCAGUAAUUGACAAGUAUUUUCUUUUCCUUUUAUAUCUUUUAAUUUGUCAAAUCCAAUUUCAAUAUAAUGACUAAAUGCAGCUGUCGCUAAAAAAACCAGGGGAAAAUUCCUAUAAACAAAUUUGCUCUGGUAAAUCCGCACUUAACCACGCUGUGGAAAUCUUGAAGAAGGGUGAGCUUGUCACAUUCAAAAUCUCACGUAUGCCCUUUGAUUCUUUUGUUGUUUAAAUUGCCUUUUGUUACCUUUAAUCUUUCUUGCACCAGGCCCCGUCCACACGAAUCAGCGUACUUUUGAAAACGCAUUUUUAGACGGAAGUGCCUUCCGUUCACAUGAAACCAGUGAAUCUGCACUUAAUUCGUGUAAUUGUUGUUUCAAAAACAACCGGAUUCUUGUUGAAGGGACAUCAUUCGACGGUUUUUUUGUUGCAUGUGUAAUACCCACGGUAUCAGCUCUAUAUUGUUUCCGCCUCGACAGCCUCACUUCUUCUCCCACCUAACUCGUUGCCGAUAACGGAUGGUAUUAACCCCGCCACCUCCCAGAAAAAGGGCACAAACAGCCCUUUAAUUUUAAUUUUUUAUUAUCAUUAUUUUUGUGCGCUUGGUUGUUUUUUGUGUGUGUUCCAUUCAUCAAACUUUAUACACAUAAAUCCACAUACCAUCUAUUCAGACCUUGCAGAAGUCAAGUCGAACAAAAAAGAGGGGGAAGGAAAUUUGGGUGAGAGACACUUAUGGUGUUAUUUUUUAUAUUUAUUGUUCAUUUAAUAUUUCUAUAAUAUAGAUCUUUAUUAUUGAUUUUCCAAAUCCAUAAUAUUUAAUAUACUGUAAAACCAGCCUGUUAAAUUCAGUUAGUCAAAAGACAAAUUUUUCAGCACUUUUAGUUUAAUUUUGUUAAUGAUACUAGCCCAGAAAAAAGAGUACAAAAUACAGAAUAAAAUGAAAUUUUAACCCCAGUUUGACAGCGCAUUUUUUUGCUUCCUGCGACCGGGGGGAGUGGGGGGCCUCCAGAGGCUCCCCUUUACAACUUCAAAACCUCUCAUGCUACGGCCACCAAAAUAACACAGAGCAAAUAACUCGCCAUUUCCAACUUCCGGGUAUAUCCUGAUUGGCACAGUAACGUGAUCUGGCGUCAUUAUGACGUAAUAUGGUUGGAUUUAUUGCCAGAAUCCACAUUUUCCCUAAAUUAAACAUGAAGCGGAAAAUACUUUAAUAAAUCGAGAAGUUGGCUUACAUAUAAAUAACCUUGAACAAUGGCACUGAUGUCAUGAUGAUGUCAUUUACUACUAAAUAAAAAGUGGAAGCAUCCGUUAUCUUGGAUCCGCCAUUUUGAAUUAUUUAAAUGUAUUUCAUUUUACUUAAAACCGCUAUAAAUCGAAGAAUUUUUAAUAGUAAACUUGAUCCGAGUAUAAAGCGAUGCUCAGGAAGCCAAAAAUCUGCAGAAUAUGCAAUUCCGAGAAAAAAUGAAAACUGUUGAAAAUUAAACUCACAUCUGCCAUUUGAUGUUAAAUCAUUUUUUUUCCUAAUAAAGCUAAUCACCAAAAGGCCUGGAUUUCAUCAACAGUGACAAUAACUUUAAUUAAAUAACAGUAUAUUUAAGAGUGGUAUAAUAAUUCCAUAAAUAAUUGUAGAUACUAUUAUUUUCAAUCGAAAUGAACAGGAGCCUAUGAAAUGAAAUGACUCGUAAAUAGUGCUUUGACCAAAUGCUUUUAUUUUUCUUCAGCGAAAUUAAUUGUAAAUAGGUUUUAAUACAGUGAAGCCUGUAUUAAGCGGACACCGUCGGGGAAUCCUGUAGUGUCUGCAUAAUACAGGGUGUCCGCCUAAUACAGGUUUGGAUAGGUAACGUCAGAGGAGGUGUCAAAUGCCAUACAAAUGAACAGUGGAAACGUUUAGAAUACUCCCAGAGACUAUGACGAUAUAAGUUUGCAUUAAUUUCUUUAUCAAAGUGGACCAAUUGAUCAUACUACCAUAAAAAUAGAUUGCAACUCAAAUUUGAAGAAAUCAAUGAGUGAAACAAGUUCUAAACAAACAAAACGAAAUAGAAAACAAUACUGUACUGUGCCGCUAAUCAAGUAAGUUCGUCAAGUCACGUGUUUUAAUGAAUCGAAAAAUUUGUUGGUUGCAAUUCGGUUUCCGGUGUCUGACAUGUUGGUUGGUGGAAUUUAAUCACAAGUGUCUGUCUAAUACAGGUUGCAACCAUAGAAAUGACCAUUUCAGGUACUUUUUAGGUGUCCACAUCCGCUUAAUAGAGGUGUCCGCUUCAUAAAGGUUUCAUUUAAAAAAAAUAAGGGAAAAAAAUUUGGAGACUUCGGCUACUGUCCGCUUAAUAGAGGGUGUCCGCCUAAAACAGGUUUCACUUUAGUUAGCUUUGUUGUUAAUAAAAGGUUAUUAUUAAUAAUAAUAAUAAUAAUAAUUCCAUAGGUAAAAAUAGAAUUUAAACCUAUUUUUGAGAAACAAAUGCAAUUUUGAAAAACAUGGCUGCCAAAACUUGGUUGCCAUGGUAACAUCAAAGUUGACGUACACGUAACGAUGACGUUAAAAUGAUCCCAGUUAAUGCACGUAUCAAUGUAAAUCCCGUGAGGGGGGAGUGCGGGUAAGGGGCGGGGAUUUGAUGCCUGAGACUAUCCGCGUGUCGAGCUUUUGAUCGUGCGAAGCGACCCCGGAGUAGGGACAUUUGACUUUGACCGAUAGAAGCCUGGUAUCAAUUCAGAAGCGGUAACCAAGUCCUUCCCUUGAGGCUUUCUGAAAGUCACGCUGUUGGAGAGAGUUAUGAAGUUUUCAUUUGCUUUAAUCGCCAUAAUCCGAUACUUUACAUGUACACUGUCAUCUAAACAGAUAAUGUCUAUUUUGAGAAAGUUUUUAUCUUCAAGUUCCCAUCUGAUUGUAAACUUCGAUUGAAAUCGAAUUCUACCAAGAAAUUCAGAGGAUUUUUUACAGGUCACUGAUCCGACCUGUUCCGACAUGUUGAGCCGAUGAUAUAAAGCAUUUUACGUUUCAUUAAUAUAAUAGCACGGUCAAUCUUCCUAGAGUGAUUAUGUUGUUCAAUAUAAGAGAUGCUAGUGGAGAGAGAAAAUACUUAAUUACAGCGAGUAAUUUAACGGAGCUUACGUUAACCUUAAAUAAAAGUAGUAAGAACGUACUUUUGAAAUGUUCUUUCAUUCAUUUUAUAUAGUAUUAUAAUAUUGUUUGUUUAGAGUUUUCCCCUGGGGUGGGGGCUUUUUUGACACUUUUGAUUGACCUUUCGUUUCCCACCCUGGGGAAUUUGAUCAAAAAAUUUUAAAAUUUGUCAGAUCCCCACCCCUUGCCCGCACUCUCCCCCCACGGGGUUUACAUUGAUAGGUGCAUAAUUUUUAGGGAAAGUCGCUAAGGUUCGCGAUGGGAACUCCAAAAGCCUGAAUCAGGUUAAAUAAAAGAAGUACAGAUUUAGUGGUCUAUUCGUUUGACGACUCAUUGGUGAAUUCAUGUUGUGCAAUCAAGGGCUUGUUUCCUCGUAUAUUUUCAUCAAUGAAAACUCGGUGUUAGUAUGUAGAAGUAGUAUUUGAAGCUGUUGAUAUCAGCAGUCUGACAUUGUAACAUUGUUUUGGUAAGUUGUUACACUCAGUCAAACUUCAACAGUGUCUUCAUCUGGAAAGCACGGCAUUUAUUUAUUUUACUCUUUAAUUAAGGUAAAAUAACCUUCAAAACCGGCACAGAGAGGACACCGAAGAAGGUAUCAUAUCACUUGGUAUUUGAAGAGGCAACAAAUGAUCGUAAUUACAGCCUUGAAAUGGAUGACAGCGACAAUUUAUCAGUGAAGGUUAGAAACAAUUUCUUCCAAAUAGUUCGUUUUGAAAAAAUUCUUCGAAAGCACACCUACUCUUUUAAAAUAAGAAAAAUAUAGUACACUAACUAGUAAGUAAUUAACGUUACUGUCCUUGAGAACAUACAGGGUAGAUAAAUAGUUCUAAUAAAAGAGAACAUGCCAGUACACUCUACGAAGAAUUUCAUAAAAUUUCCGUUGCAGUUACCGGGUUCUGCACCGCUACGGUUAGAAAUUCUUCUCUGACUAUAAAAUGCUCAAGCAAGCCACCAUGGGCUCUGAUCUACUGGACAAAUUACUCAAAUUGAAAUUAGAUGUUUUUUCUCAACAGGGUUGGCAGAAGGGCAAGCCUCCUAAUCCCUCUUUAGAAUUUCUACCCGCUUCACAAAACAGUCAGCCUUUCACCAAUCUUAUUGCAUUGAAGCCAUCUUGGACAAAAGAAACAGCCGAAGAAAAUUCAUUCUUCCUUGCUUCGAGAAGCGAUGGGACGUUGUCACUGAGACCAUGUCACUCUUUGGAUGAGCAUCACCCGGAUGAGCUCUUUCUUCUAACAUAUGUCUAG